AUGAGCACAACACCCACUACUGCAGUGCUAUAUGCGCUGACUGUGGCGAACUCCCCGGCCAGACCUAGCCCGGAAGAUGUUUUGAAGAAAAGUCACCAUGCACAGAAUGGAUUCAGGAACCCGUGGGAAUCUUUUCGCGAUCUGACUUCAAGAGAUAUCAUGCAAAUGAUGAUUACUCGUCGAUUCAACGGCAAAGGAAAUAAUCCCGAUACCACCCCUCCAACUGUCACCGUUCGCAAGCCCGAAUUUCUCCCCAGCCGAGAUACCCCCAAGCUGCGUUCAACGUGGCUUGGCCAUGCAUGCUAUUAUGUGGAGUUCCCGAGCGGUCUCCGAGUACUGUUUGACCCAGUAUUCGAAGCGCGAUGUGGGCCAUGCUGCGGACCAUAUCACCUAGGUCCGAAGCGCUACACUGAGCCUCCAUGCCAGAUCAAGGAUAUCCCUGUCAUCGAUGCUGUGGUCAUCUCCCACAACCACUACGACCAUCUGUCAUACCCAACUAUCUCGGAAAUCGCGAAAAGGCACCCCAAUUGCCAUUUCUUUGCACCACUUGGCAACAAGUCUUGGUUCCACAGCUCGGGCAUCCAAAAUGUAACCGAGUUGGAUUGGUGGGAUGAGCGUGAUAUUGCAAUGUCACCCGAGGAGAAAAAGAAUCCCCAGGUUGAACAAGUAGGCGAAGCUUCCGCCACAGCAGAUAUCAAGGCACGCAUCAGUUGUCUGCCUUGUCAGCAUAUCACUGCCCGCAGUCCUUUCGAUAAGUACAAGACACUAUGGGCUUCCUGGGCCAUUGAAUCUGGCGGUAGCAAGGUGUAUUUUGCUGGUGAUUCCGGCUACAGGGCAGUGGACGAGCUACCGGAAGGGGAGGAUGAUUGGGACCCCAAAUACAAUUUCCCUAUUUGCCCUGCCUUCAAGCAGAUAGGUGAGUUCCGGGGACCAUUUGAUCUCGGCUUGAUCCCCAUUGGGGCCUACGCACCUCGUCAUAUUUUCAGUGCCGCACAUUCUGACCCUCAUGAUGCUGUUCACAUUUUCAAAGAUACCAAGUGCAAAAAUGCAUUGGGCAUGCACUGGGGCACUUGGGUGCUUACUGAGGAGGAUGUGCUUGAGCCUCCCAAGAAGCUCAAGGAGGCGUUGAAAAAACAUGAUCUUGCUGAAACUGGUGUUUUCGAUGUGUGUGAUAUUGGCGAGAGCCGGGAAUUUUGA